CUGGACGACGCGAGAAGAAAAAUUUCCUCUUUUCUUUGGAUUCGAAAAAAAACAAAAAAGCUGGAACUGCAAACAAACAGAGAAUAGGAGAGAGAGAGAGAGAGGUGAAGCCAUGGCUGCCCGGAAGAGAGCUCCACCACAGUCAGCAGCCGCGACGGAGAACGCCAAGCCUCCCGAGAAGGUGGCGGCGGCGGCGAACUCAGCCAUCAGCGAUUCUCCUCCUGUGAUCGCUCCGUCGAAGGCCGGCCAGAUCCUGAGAGUAGCACUGGUGUUCUUUUUCGUCCCUUACUUGUACUUGAUCUUAUAUCACUACGACAUUGAAGCAAACCUGAAGCGGUCUAUCCUCAUCAAUGCCCUUCUCUGCUCUGGCGGCUUCUUCCUAACCCUAACUUUGAUCCCUGUGGCCUCUAGAUACGUCCUCAGGCGAAACUUGUUCGGCUACGAUAUCAACAAGAAGGGCACUCCCCAAGGAUCUGUCAAAGUGCCUGAGUCACUGGGUAUUGCUGUUGGAACUGUUUUCUUAGUUUUAGCGAUAUUGUUUCAGUAUUUUAACUUCACAUCAGAUUCAAAUUGGCUUGUUGAGUACAAUGCAGCAUUGGCAUCAGUCUGCUUCAUGAUGUUGCUUGGGUUUGUAGAUGAUGUCUUGGAUGUUCCUUGGAGAGUGAAAUUACUCUUGCCAUCAAUUGCUGCUCUUCCUCUGUUAAUGGCCUAUGCUGGGCAUACAACUAUUGUUAUACCAAAGCCUCUCAUUCCCUAUCUUGGACUUGAGGUUUUGGAUCUAGGGUGGAUAUAUAAACUUUACAUGUGGCUUUUGGCCAUAUUUUGCACAAACUCUAUCAAUAUUCAUGCUGGUAUAAAUGGACUGGAAGUUGGGCAGACAGUUGUAAUUGCAUCUGCUAUUUUGAUACACAAUGUAAUGCAAAUUGGAGUUUCUUCAGAUCCUGAGUACAAACAGGCCCAUGCAUUCUCCAUUUACCUAGUGCAACCUUUACUUGCCACUUCCUUGGCUUUACUUUCUUACAACUGGUAUCCUUCUUCUGUUUUUGUUGGUGACACCUAUACAUACUUUGCUGGUAUGACUAUGGCUGUAGCUGGCAUUCUAGGCCACUUCAGUGAAACCCUCUUGAUAUUCUUCCUUCCUCAAGUUUUGAACUUCCUGUUAUCACUCCCUCAGCUUUCUGGCUGUAUUCCAUGUCCACGGCAUCGUCUGCCAAGGUUUGAUCCUCAGACAGGACUGUUGACUGGGACAAACGAUGGGACUCUUGUGAACUUGUUCCUCAGACAGUUUGGCAGGAUGUCAGAAAAAUCACUCUGCAUCGCUCUACUUGUUUUCCAGGCCAUUUGCUGCUGCUUCUGUUUCAUGCUGAGGUGGUUCCUUACUGGUUGGUAUAAAUGAGACAGCAAGUUUGGAGAACUACCUAGUAUCACAGGUGUUUCUUUGCUCAUUAUGUCAUUAAUGUCCUGGACUAUCUUGUUCUAUAGGUGUUUUGUUUAGUUAAAUAUUUUCUCCAGAAAAGAGUAAUCUACAAAAGUUAUCUACCAAGAGGAUGCAUGAAGGUCUUACAGAUUGACGAUGUUGACGUAAAAACCUAGGAACAAGGAGCGAAAAUCUGUAUUGAUUUAAAAUUUUGUUUUUGCUCAUCAAAGACGAAAGAAAUGCUUCACAGAUAAAAAGCUCAUAAAGAAAUGCUGCUGAAGCCGUUUGUUUAUGUCAUGCUUUACUUUUUCAUUAUAUCAUGUAUUGGGUUUCAUCCUA